AUGCCAAGCACCAACACCCGCGACCAAGCGCCCGCCGUGAACUUCGAUGCACCAGUCGUCUCGCACGACAUGCAGACAACUGCGCCCCAGCCCGCAAGCUAUGAGUGGGUGCAACCGUACAGCUCGAUCGUGGAUCUGGGUCCACGUGAGUCAGCUCCACUGCAAGAGCCAUCGGGGGCGCCGGAACACGAUGUGGUGGGACCAUCGGCAAGGCUUCAGAUUCCACGUCGCCAGUACGAGCAGGAGGAGAGCGACAAAGAAGAGGGAGCAACUGCCUCUGCGCCUCACCAAUGGGCCGUUGUCGUGGUCUGGAUUAUGAGAAGAGUUUCAGCAUUCACCGGAUGGGCUCACGAGCUCUACGUCAGCCCCAGCAUUCGCGGCUGA